AGAAACCGUGACAUGACUGAAAGUCUGAAACCACUCCUACUCUUAACUCCCAUAAACAUCGAUCAAACACACAAUCGCCACCCUUUCUUCGUCGACAUCGGGCCAUCACUUCGUCGCCGAUCCAUAUCUUUUUCGGCCAGCAUCGUUGCUUCCGUUGUCGCCAUAGUCGCAUCUUCAAUUCACUUUGACAAUGUCUUCGUCGGCCUAUUCCUCUUUUUUUCUAUGUUAAUCUCGUUAAGAGGUAUAUGCAACAUCAUAACGAUGUCGAGUUUUCCGCCCUUGGGAUGGAUAAUUUUCUCAUAUCAGAUUAUGACUUCUACUGUUGACAUAAAAGAUGAAUCCAGAGGAAGUCCCAUCCAAAAAGCCAAGCUAAUUAACAGUGAUCAGCAUGUACAUAUUACUUUACUAAAAAACGUAUUUGAGUUGGUGAAGAGCUGA